AAAGAAUCCUAGUUUCAAAUUCUUACCGCUACAAUUCCUUUUUCUUGGAAAAUCAAACCCUAGUUUAAUGGAUCUUUCCAAGCACCCCUCUGGAAUAGUCCCUACUUUCCAGAAUAUUGUGUCAACUGCCAAUCUUGACUGCAAGUUGGACCUCAAAACCAUUGCACUUCAGGCUCGAAACGCUGAGUACAAUCCGAAACGUUAUCCUGCAGUGGUCAUGAGAAUUAGAGAACCAAGAACUACAGCAUUGAUUUUUGCUUCAGGGAAGAUGGUUUGUACUGGAGCCAAAAGUGAACAACAGUCCCAGUUGGCAGCACGGAAAUUUGCUAGAAUCGUUCAAAAGCUCGGUUUUCCGGCAUGCAAGUUUAAGGAUUUUAAGAUUCAGAAUAUAGUUGCUUCUUGUGAUGUUAAAUUUCCUAUUCGACUUGAAGGCCUUGCGUAUGCUCACCGUGCUUUCUCAAGUUUCGAGCCAGAACUAUUUCCUGGAUUAAUAUAUCGUAUGAAACAACCAAAAAUAGUGAUGCUUAUUUUUGUUUCUGGGAAAAUUGUCAUCACAGGGGCCAAGGUUAGAGAUGAGACAUAUACUGCCUUUGAGAACAUAUACCCGGUUCUUACUCAGUUCAGGAAAAAUCAGCAAUUAGUGUUGAGCAUCUGGCUAUGAUUAACUGCAAGGUGGUUCAAAUUUGGAGACUUCUUUGGUUUUUCUUAAUUUGUGGAAAGUUUGUUUAAGUUACAACUGAUAGGUUGGAACUUUAGCAAGAUGAGGAUAACUGUGUUACUUCACUUGUAGCAUAUCUAAUAUUUCGAACGGUCAAAAACACACCUGAAGUAUAACUCUUUUACGAGUUUCCUACCUGAACUAUCAGUUGUAUGCGUUUCCUACCUGAACUGUCACCAACUAUUUAUCAAAACACAAUCAUGAUUGCUAUAGAAUUGUGAAUUUACUAGGUGAUUUUGACAAAUAGGCACUUUUACGUUAGGAAUACUUUUUAUUGAACUGUUGGAUAACGUUUCGGAUUGAGAGAUCCGAUAGUGCUUUAGAUAAACAUUAGAAGGACUAAUUCUCGUUGUUACAAAAAUGCCAAGAUAAUCUUCAAAGGAUAUAUGCAGUAUAUCAAGAACAAAAACAAAAUUGGACAACAACAACAACCAAAAAAAAAAAAAAAAAAACUAUCAUGAAACAUUUGUCUUGAAACUUUUCUGGCCGUUGACUCUCGAAAAGAUUUUGCUGUCAAAUAUAAUAAGCUAAGUAACAUAUAUUCUAGUGAAUGGGUUAACCUGUAUCCUCUGCUAUAUCGAGAAUUCUCUUCUUUGCGAAUGUGUUGGCAUAUUAUGCAAAGUUUCAUGGACAUAUUCUUAAUGAACUCUAUAAUCAUAAGAGACUCUCCUUGGAAGCUAUUAGUAAUACUUUUUGUGAAUAUUGUAGAAGCAACUAAUAAGCAGUUAAGUGUAACUUUGUGUCAUUACAUUGCAGAGGACACUGGUGUUAUUUCUGGGAUAAGAAUGCCAUUUAAUUUUAAUUUGGAUAUUUGUUCUUCAGCUAAUAUCGUUGUGUUCUCGCUGCUGCAUUCUUUUCUUUCCUGAUAAUUCCAGGGUAUUUACACCUUUGAUCUGAAAUACACAUGCACCUGCCAUCCAAAGUGGACACAUUCUCUGGGUUGAAUUGCUCAUCGAGGACAGAAAAAUGACAUGAUUGCCAAUUGAUAGAAGCUUCAUUCAAUCUGGGCGUAUUCUUAUUCAUAUUUGACAUUUGUUCAAAUCACUUUUUUUGUAAGCUGAAUUGUAAAUGAGGAUACCCCUCACCCCUUUUGCUUU